AUCGACGCAGACACCCAUCAUUUCGCGUGUGACAGGUGGCUGUGACUGCCAUGGCACGCUAUUGUAAGAUGGCUACUCAGCCGAGUUGCUAAGCGAAAGUGUACUCUUGUGCGACGAUCUUGAAAUAGCCGAUUUCGAAACAUUGUUGAGUCAACCCGCCGCGAAAAUCUAUUGUUUCAAUCGAAAGGCGUGGGAAAUAGCCCGAUAGUAACGUUUCGACACUGUUACCAACAGUCUGAUCUAACCUUAUUGUUUGGUCGGUUCUGUUUUCAAAAUAACAACAACGGAGAAGUUUGUGUUUCAGAGCUGUUGAGUGAGACUGGUGGGAUCUAGACUUGAUUUCAUUCAACAGACUGUAUUUCAAUACGUAGUGAUGUGUGCAAUGAGAAAACUACCUGUUAAAGUACAGUGAACUCUGUUGUUUAUGUGGUUUAUCUGGAAGUACACUGAAGUUGUAUAUGAUAAAAGUACUUGUACGAGUACUUGUGAAAAUGCACAUGGAUACAAUACUACAUAGACUUUGAAGAAACCUUUAAUUAAAAUUUAGCAAAAUUCCAAACUCUAGAUGGACAUAAGGAAUGUGAUAGUGAUUGUGAUCUAACAGUACGAAAGACUUGGAUAUUAUCUCUCUUAAGCCUUGCACUAAUCUAAUUGAACAGUAAAAAAAUGAGCAGGACUUCCAGGACUAUCUGAACAGUUUUGUUAUCUGUCGUGAUUGCUUGUUUACUGAAAAGUUUCAAGUUUUGACUUCACGAGAGAUGUAAAUUUGGUCCGACUGACUGACACACUGGAUCGAGUGGGUUCUGGUUUAGGGGGUUGUCUAGACGGUGGUGGGCCAGUACCCCCCGUCGCUCCCCAGCCCCCAGGAUUGUCUCCUCUGCAUCAAGAAGUUAAUAAUCCCAAAAAACAGGCUGUAGUUGACAGAUUACGCAGACGUAUCGAGUCAUACAGGCGUCGCCAGACCGACUGUAUGCCACGAUUCGAUCAGUCCUUCACAGGACUGUGUGAACAGAACCUGCAGGACACCCUGCAGCUAAAACAACGCUACCUGGACGCCAAGGCGAAGAGGCCUCCAAAGGCCAAGGACAAGAAGCAGGCGGAUCAGGGGGGUAACCAGCAACAGCAGCAGGCUGCCUCUAUCCAGAGCAGCGUGCACGUGCAGCAAAAAUUCCUGAAAAGACCAGCUGAGGACCUGGACCCCACCGGAGGUUCACAGGAUUCUUACGAACCCCCUGUGAAGCUCCAGUGCAAGACUCAACACGGGAAUCAGAAUGAAGGUAUCACGAAAUUCUCCCUGGAGAUCGUGCAACAGCUGGAGUUUACCACCUCGGCAGCGAGCUCCAACCCCCAAAUCUCCGCCAAUGUCACAGUCAAGGCGCAUACUAACACGUCCGUCAAGACGGACGUGUCCUCCCCCAACCCCUCAAACCCCUCUACCCCCUCCAACAUGCAGCAACAGCAGCAACAACAACAGCAACAGCAGGCCAAGCAGAACAUCGGUCUUGAUGUUGGUACUUUCGUUGAGUGCGUCAAACAGGAGCCGGACAACGACUUCGCCGACCUGGACCAGUGCGCCGCGGCGCUCGAGAAGGACGCCGCGGCCAACGGAGGCGCCGCCUUCGGCAACUUCUCCGACCUCAUCGGCGACGACAGCCACGACGAGAUAAUCAACUCUGACGCAUUCAACGACAUCAUCUCCGACAUCAGCAACUUCCCCGAGCUGAUGAAGGACUUUGACUUCGACGAGAACAAGCCCGACACCGGCGUCAACGGCCUGAAGGUCGAAGACGUCAAGGACGCGCACUCCCAGCAGCAACAGCAGCCUCCCUCCGAGCCCCCCAAGAGCAACACGCAGUCCCCCCUCGUCCAGGGUCAGAACUACUCCCCGUCGCCGGUGUUCGAGGGUCAGAACAAGAACCGGAUGGUGUAUCCGAACCUGGACUUCGCCAAGACGGAACUCAGCCCGGCCGCUCAGACGCUGAAGCAGAUGGCCGAGCAACACCAGCACAAGAACCAGAUGGGGCUGGCCUACAACCCCAACGGGAGGGUGGCGAACGCGAGGUCGCCGUACUCGGACUUCCAGUACGGCUCGGACUACGGCAGUCCGACCAACCCGCAGUUCAAGAACAGCCCCGCGUUCCCGCAGCAGGACCUCAUAAAACAGGAAAUGAUGUUCCAAGGCGGCGACUACGACGCGAUGAAGCGCAAGGGCCCCGCCAUGUACAAGCAGCAGUAUUCGCCGUACAGCAGCCCCAACCACGGCAGUCCGGGGUAUCUGCCGCGCACCAACAGCUCCACCAGCGCAGGAUCUGCAUCAGCUGGACCUUUUGGAGGUGGUACUCCACCUAGGCCGCCAAGUGGUCAUGGUGGUGGCGGUGGCCAAGGUACCACGCUCCAGAUCAAUCAGGCUCAGCAGAUGCACAUCAGCCAGCAGGGUCACGGUCACAACAUCCAGGUAUCAGCCGGCCAGCAUCUCCAGCUAAGCGGCGACCUCAAAGGCAACGUCUCCAUAGCAACCCACCAAGGCAUGAACUUCAGCCAACAACACCAAUCUCAAAACAAUCCCACGCCCCAACAGCAGCAGCAACAACAACAACAGCAGCAGCAGCAACAACAACAGCAACACCAACAACAACAAAAUCCCCAACAGAACCAGAUGCCCUCACAGGCGCAGUCUCAGAUGGGCGGUAACAACGCCCAGAACGCCCACGGCAAUGUAAAUAUGAACGGCCAGGGCGGUAUGAGCAAUCCCAUGAUGUCCAACGCCCAGCAGCAGCAGCAGAACGCCUCCGCCCAACAUAUGGGGUCCCAACAGGGGUCCAUGGGGAACCCCAUGGCCGGACUGCAGAGCAUGGGCGGGAUGCAGGGCCCAGGACCAGGUGGGUACAAUUUGAGGGAUAUGAAAACAGGUGGUUUUUCCAGAAGGUAUUUAGGCAAUAUGCAACCGGGCAUGCAGAAUCCUGGAGGAAUGUCUGCGGCAGGUAUGCAAGCAGGCUUGGGAGGUAUGGGCAAUAACAUGAUGGGUGGAUCUCAGAUGCAUCCAGGAUCCAUGGGAUCUAUGAACGACACUUAUUCCAUGUCUCAAAACCAGACCAUUAAUUUCACACAGCAGAGCUUGAGACAAAGAGGAAACGGAGUUCCAGUGAUGAACCCCAAUAUGGGCCCCAACCCCGGCAUGAACCCAAUGAACACCCAGAUGGCCGGCAGGAUGAUGAGUCAGCAGCAGCAGAUCGCCAUGGAACAACAGCAGAAGCUGCUGCAACAACAGCAGAUGUUCCGGAAUCAACAGCAACAGCAGGCCGCUGCUGCUGCUAUGCAACAGCAACAAUUGGCCAGACCACCACCACCAGAUUACAAGACAAGUGCUGGAAUGAUGCAGCCUAGAUUUAGCGCUGGAAUGAGAAGGAUGCCUCACCAGCCUAUACCGCCAUCUGGUCCCAUGAUGAGGCCGCAUAACGUGUACAUGCUGCAACAGCAGCAGCAGCAACAACAGCAACAGCAUCAACAACAGCAUUUAGCUUCGAGGAACAUGUACCCAAGGCAGCAAAACCCCAUGAACAGCCCGAUUGACAGCAUGCAGCAGAAGCCUGAGUGGCGACAUCUGCUGCUACAACAGCAACAAAACCAAAGUUUCAACAACCAAAUCAGGACGAAUUUCCAACACGGUUUUGGGAUGAAUCCGGGCAACAGCAUGCAGCAGAUGACGGCGCUGCAGCAUCAACAGAUGCGGAUGCAGCACAGCAUGAGCUCGGGUGGAAUGGGUCCGGGUAAUCAGCAGUCGAUGGGCCCUGUCAUGAACCAAGGACCGGGAGGUGGAGGGCCUUUGGGACAGAUGAGUAGUAUGAACCAGCAGCAGUUGCAGUUGUUACAGCAACAGAACAUGAUGCAACAGCAACAAAACACACAGAUGUCCAUGUCAAACCUACACAUGCAACAGAAUCAAUCGAUAACCAUGAACCAGUUGCAGCAGCAGCAACAAAACAUGAAUCAACUUGUAAAUAGCCCGGCGGCGAGCAGUAACGCGUUGAGCAACUUCAAUUCGGGCGCCUCCGACUUCAAUCUGGAAUUCCUGGACAACCUGCCCACCUCGGAUUCGGCCCCCUUCACAGAUCAGGAACUGCUGAACUCGUUCGACGCCGACUCGGGGUUCAACUUAGAUUUCUAGAGUAAUUUUUUUAUAUACUUUUGUUGAUAAUUUUUAUAAAAGAAUAUUAUAUAUUUUUGUAAAUAUUUAUACGUUCAUAGUUUAAUGUGGCUUCUGUUAAUGAUUUCGAGAAGAAUAUAUUUUUAAUAAUUCAGUACCAAUGGACAGUGUUGAAUUCGGAGGUUUUCUCUUUUCGAAUUGAAUUUUAGCUUUAAAACGACGGUGUUUUGAAUUUACAGGGUGUGCAACGAUUCGGUGAGCGCUGGGGGUUUCUCGAGAAAAAAAUCUUUAAGGAUCCUGAUUUCUUUUUUCGAUUGGUCUGGAGUUACAGGGUGUUUUUAAAAAAAAUGAGUAUUUCAUAACGGAUCAUAGAAAUUAAUUGCCGUUUUAAAGCCAUAAAGGACAGUUGGUGUUUUUUAAACAGGACACCCUAUAUAUGGCUUGAUUAUGAUCAUUCAAUUGACACAGAAUGAGCUGAAUCUGGAAAUGAAUGAAAAAUAUUUAUAUACAGGGUGUCCCAACUUUAAGUGACUAUUAGACGUUUCUGGAGAACAUAUCCUAUUU